AUGUCGGCCUCACCAGAUUCGGGUCCAGAAGAUGGACACUCGUCUCCGACAAGAUAUGAUGUUGCUGCGGCUCGAACACCCGUUCGCCAGAGCGAGAGCGACUUGUCUGAGGCCGAGCCGACAUACGAGGACGACCCAUCACCAGAUUCCGACGAUGACCGGAUAGAAGAAGAUGCCGGUAUCGAUGAACAGCUCUCUGGGGAGGAUGCCUCUGAGCCUAGCGAUAAUGAUGCAUCGGACGAUGCUGAUUUCGAUGGAGUCCAGAGCGACGUCGACAUCGACGCCGAUGCUGACAUUGUCCGCGACCAAAGCGAGUCCUCGAGCGAUUCGCGUCGCGCUCCGAAGCGGAAGGCCGACUCCAUGCUGGAGGACGACUAUAUCCGAAAGGACCCCGCGCUCUACGGACUCAGGAGAAGCUCCCGUCCUGUCCAGCGCCGCAAAAUCGUUGCAUCUGAUGACGACUCUGACGAGGAACCUGUUCCUCGACGCAAACCAAAAGCACGACGCGUAUUGCUCGAAACAUCACGGCAGUCCUCAAAACGAGGAACUCCUGCUCGCAAUACCUCCAUCGAUGAAUCCGAUUCGGACAAUUACGGCGGUGCCCGGGCACGAAGCUUCCAGAAGAAAGCACGACGACAGCAAGAGGCACAACCAUCUCUGGCAUAUGCCGAGAAACGGUGGUCUAGCCGUCGCGCUGCGCAAGUCUCUGUCGGCGCCUACAAUGAGAGUGAUGUCGAAGAGGACGAGGAAGCAUCCGAGAUGACUCUCGGCUACUACCAGCCCGAAGUGGAGGACAAUUCUCCCUACAUCGAAAGAAUUGUACGCCACCGCGUGAAAGAGGGUGUCGAAUUGACACCCGACUCCAACCGCCACGAUUACGAAUACUACAUAAAGUGGCAGGGUCAAUCGCAUCUCCACGACACAUGGGAAACGACUGACAGUGUUGCGGGAUUCCGUGGCUUCCGUCGUCUGGAGAACUAUUUUCGGAAGGUUGUUGACGUCGAGCUGGACAUGCGGUUUGGUGGUGAUGAUUAUACCCCGGAGCUGAGAGAGCAGUGGCUGUUGGACCGUGAGCGUGAUGAAGAGGCACACGAGGACUACACCAAAGUCGAACGCGUCGUUGCUAAGCGGAACGGUGUUGACGGCAUCGAGUACUUCAUCAAAUGGAAGGGCUUGCAAUACGAUGAAUGCACCUGGGAAGCCGCCGAUUUGGUCAGCUCACACGCACAAGACAAAAUCGACCAGUUUCUCGACCGCAUCUCGCGCUCUUGGACCUCUGACCGCAGCGAGUCCAAUGUCAACACCCGGUCUCGCAUGACCAAGAUCGAUAAGCAGCCAUCAUACGUCACGGGCGGCGAGCUGCGCGAGUUCCAAUUGAAGGGAUUGAACUUUCUUGCGCUCAAUUGGACCCGUGAUAAUAACGUCAUCUUGGCCGAUGAAAUGGGUCUGGGAAAGACCGUGCAGUCUGUGUCGUUUUUGAGUUGGCUGCGGAAUGAGCGUGACCAAGAGGGCCCCUUCCUCGUUGUGGCCCCUCUCAGUGUCAUUCCCGCCUGGUGUGAUACCUUCAGCUUCUGGGCUCCAGAUAUCAACUAUGUCGUCUACCUCGGCCCGGAGGCUGCUCGCAGCGUCAUCCGGGACCACGAGCUCAUCGUCGAUGGCAACCCCAAGAAAACCAAGUUCAACGUGCUCGUCACCUCGUAUGACUUCAUCCUCCAGGAUUGGGAGUUCCUGCGCACUAUCAAGUGGCAGGUCCUGGCCGUUGACGAGGCCCACCGCCUGAAGAACCGCGAAUCCCAGCUGUACAACCGGCUUGUCAGCUUCAAUAUCCCUUGCCGUGUACUCAUUACGGGCACGCCUAUCCAGAACAACCUCCACGAGCUGUCCGCCUUGCUGGACUUUCUCAACCCGGGCAAGGUGGUUGUUGACAAGGAUCUUGAGGAGCUCGGUCAAGCCGAGGUGAAGGUGGAUGAUGAGGACAAGGACGAGGUGAAGGAUGAGCUCAAGCGCCGGGAGACCCAGGAGAAGCUGACAAAAUUCCACGCUGCUAUCGCGCCGUUUAUCCUUCGCCGCACCAAGGAGACUGUCGAGUCUGAUCUGCCUCCGAAGACAGAGAAGAUCAUCCGCGUCGAGCUCUCGGACGUGCAACUGGACUACUACAAAAACAUCCUGACGCGCAACUACGCGGCUCUGAGCGAUGCCAGCGGUGGCCACAAGCAAUCUCUCCUGAACAUCAUGAUGGAGCUGAAGAAGAUUAGCAACCAUCCGUACAUGUUUGCAGGUGUCGAGGAGCGUGUUCUCAAGGGCAGCGUCCGGAGGGAAGACCAGAUUAAGGGCCUCAUCACCAGCAGUGGCAAGAUGAUGCUGCUGGACCAGCUGCUUGCCAAACUGAAGAAGGACAACCAUCGCGUCCUGAUCUUCAGUCAGAUGGUGAAGAUGCUGGAUCUUCUUGCCGACUACCUUCGUGUCCGCGGCUAUCAGUUCCAGCGACUGGACGGUACUAUUCCAGCAGGUCCCCGUCGCAUGGCCAUCAACCAUUUCAACGCCGAGAACAGCGAUGAUUUUUGUUUCCUCCUAUCGACGCGUGCUGGCGGUCUUGGUAUCAAUCUCAUGACUGCGGACACAGUCAUCAUCUACGACUCCGACUGGAACCCCCAGGCUGACUUGCAGGCCAUGGCUCGUGCUCACCGUAUCGGACAGAAGCGGCCAGUCAACGUCUACCGCCUAGUGGCCAAGCAAACCAUUGAAGAGGAAGUGGUGAAGCGUGCCCGAAACAAGCUGUUCCUCGAGUAUCUCACUAUCCAGGCCGGCGUCACCGACGAGGGCAAAGCAUUCCGCGAGCAAUUUAUGGACAAGGGUCUCCAGAUUGACGAGGCCAAGACGGCGGAAGACAUUCAGUGGAUUCUCAAGAUGCGGUCUCAGAAUCUCUUCGAGCAGUCUGGCAACCAAGAGAAGCUGGAGCAGCUGGACAUUGACAGCAUCCUGGAGAAUGCCGAAGUCACCAAGACAAAUGUCGACGACAAGCUCAACCUCAGCAGCGGUGGUAUCGACUGGGACAACUGGAUGCAGGUUACGGACGUCAAGGUAGACGACCUCGCACUGGACUGGGAUCAGAUCAUUCCAGCCGAGCAGCUCGCUGUCAUCAAGGCCGAAGAGGACGAGAAGAAGCAUGAAGAAUAUCUGGCGAAGGCGGUAGAGGAGAACGCUCCCAGACGAGCGACACUGAAGAACCAGAGACGGAACCCAGACACCGAUCGCGCCGACCGGCUGGCAAAGAAGCGGCAGCGGGAGAAGCAAGAGCAGGAAGAGUUUGAGGAGCGGCAAGCAGCACUGAAAGACCCCCACCGGCCACUGAACGAAAAGGAGACGCGGAAUCUGAUCCGAGCCCUGUUUCGAUACGGUUCGAUCGAAGACCGGGGGGAUGAUAUCAUUGCGGAUGCUCGGCUUGGAGAUCGUGAUCGUGAUUUUGUAGUGUCUGUUGUGCACGAUCUUGUGAACACCAGUCGCCAAGCGAUUGACAACAACACGUCACGCGUCCGCGAGGAGCUGGAAAAGGUGGGCAAGACGCCGUCUCGGAAGGACAAGAAGGCAGUGCUGGUGGACUUUGGGGAAGUAAAGAAGAUCAAUGCGGAAACGAUUGUCGAACGUCCGCCGCAAUUGCGGCUGCUUCGACAGGUGAUCGAAAACCACGGGAACCCGCACUCGUUCCGGCUUCACGACGCGACCAAGGCGGCUCACUACACAUGCGAAUGGGGCGCCCGCGAAGAUGGCAUGCUUUUGGUAGGCAUCGACCGCUACGGCUUUGGGGCCUGGGCGCAGAUUCGCGAUGACCAGGAGCUGCUGAUGACGGAUAAGUGCUUCUUGGAGGAGCACCGGGUGGAAAAGAAGGAAGAGCGCAAGAAGGGCGAGGAGAAGAUCAUCCAGUCUCCUGGUGCGGUGCACCUGGUCCGACGUGCGGAGUAUCUCCUCUCUGUUUUGCUGGCCAAGUACUCGGACGACGCGGCGGCCCAGAAGGCCGUCGAGAACCAUCACAGGAGCAAGAAGGGCGGUGCCAACGGCUAUCGGCGAAACCAUUCGGGCUCCCCAGCGCCUGCCAUGUCCAAGCGGCCGAGCCAGACGAAGGAGAAGCAGCGAGAAAGGCCGAUCUCGCACAGCGACUACCUCAACCUCCGGCCACAAAGCAACGGCGGCGAGCGGUUGUUGACGCCCCGCAGCGAGUUCAAGCGCAAGCACGACUAUGACCGUGGUGAUCAUGAUGAGCGGGACCGCAAGCAGCGACGGGCAUAUGAGGCAGAUCGUCGCGAAGGCAGCUCGGCAACGGCGGUGCAGAAAGAGGGUGGGCCGAAGGAGAAGGAAAAGCGCAAGAAGCUCGAUGCGGAGACGUUGGAGCGACUGAAAAAUGCGCAAGGCAAGGCAGUGCAGCGGUUCGAGGAGCUGAUGAAGCUAGACGACAACAAGCUCAACUACGGCGACGACGAGCAGGUGAUGUGGUCACUUCUGAAGCCUGUGCGGCGAAACUUUAAGAACAUCAUGGAGACGACGCCGGAACGGGUGGAGAAGGCCAAGGAGCGGGCGGCCAUCAUGGGCAAGGAGCUACGGCAGAUUGGCGACUGCGUGGUGGGACUGAAGAAGAACCAAGCAGUACCUGCACAGAAACUGGAUGCCCUAAUGCCGCGCUUCUGGUAUGUUGUGUACGAACUUCUGCCUGGUGGUUGUGAUGUUAACGAUGCGUUUAGGGACUUUUUGUCAUCGAUCUGGCCGAUCAACGACUUUGCCGUUUCGGGAAGCCAGCUGUCAAAGAUGUAUGAGGCGCUGCGAGCCAAGGACAAGGGUGCCAAGGACCGAGCAGAGAAGCCGGAGCGGGCAGACAGGCUGGAGCGUGACGAUCUGGAAGACGGCGAGAUCGACAGCGAGCGGGACGGACGUCGGGACGGGAGACACGACCACGAGCGAGACCGUGAUCGAGAGCGCGACCGUGACCGCGAUCGCAAUCGGGACGGCAGACGCAGCGGUGUUGUAGGCGAAGGGCCGGAAACCGGAGAUCGGCUGAGCUUCCGCAAAGAGCGGCGUGACUAUCAGCCACCACGUGACUGGGAGCGGCUGAGGCCGUCUCCAUGGCAGCAGCAGCAGCCACAGUACACUUCGCGGCCGAGUCCAUACUAA